AUGGCGGGGUGCGGGUCCGGGCUGUGCUGCUGCUGCUGCCCGCGGUGCUGCGGCGAGCGGGAGAGCCGCACACCCGAGGAGCUGACAAUCCUAGGAGAAACUCAUGAAGAGGAGGAUGAGAUUCUUCCACGCAAAGACUAUGAGAGCUUGGAUUAUGAUCGCUGUAUCAAUGACCCAUACUUGGAAGUUUUGGAGAGCAUGGACAACAAGAAAGCCCAGAGGUACGAAGCAGUGAAGUGGGUGAUGGUUUUUGCUAUUGGAGUCUGCACAGGACUGGUGGGCCUCUUUGUGGAUUUCUUUGUACGGCUCUUUACCCAGCUCAAGUUCCGGGUGGUACAAAGCUCGGUGGAAGAAUGCACUGAGAAGGGCUGUCUUGCGUUGUCCUUGCUGGAGCUGCUGGGGUUCAACCUGACCUUUGUUUUUCUUGCCAGUCUUCUGGUCCUGAUCCAACCUGUAGCAGCUGGAUCAGGAAUUCCUGAAAUUAAGUGCUACCUCAACGGGGUAAAGGUUCCAGGGGUUGUGCGUCUCCGGACGGUGGUGUGCAAAGCUAUGGGAGUGCUCUUCAGUGUGGCAGGAGGUCUUUUUGUCGGGAAGGAGGGUCCAAUGAUUCACAGUGGUGCUGUCGUGGGUGCGGGUUUGCCACAGUUCCAGAGCAUCUCUUUGAGGAAGAUCCAAUUUAACUUUCCCUAUUUCCGCAGUGACAGGGAUAAAAGGGAUUUUGUGUCUGCUGGAGCUGCUGCAGGUGUUGCAGCUGCCUUUGGAGCCCCAAUUGGGGGCACUCUCUUCAGCUUGGAAGAAGGUUCCUCUUUCUGGAACCAGGGACUUACAUGGAAAGUGCUUUUCUGUUCCAUGGCUGCCACCUUCACCCUGAAUUUUUUCCGCUCUGGGAUUCAGUUUGGAAGUUGGGGGUCUUUCCAGCUCCCUGGUCUGCUGAACUUUGGGGAGUUUAAGUGCUCUGAGUCUGAUAAGAAAUGCCACCUCUGGACAGCUGUGGACUUGGGCUUCUUCAUUCUGAUGGGCAUUGUAGGAGGCCUUCUUGGAGCCACCUUCAACUGCCUGAACAAGAGACUUGCGAAGUACCGCAUGCGGAACGUGCAUCCCAAGCCAAAGCUGGUCAGAGUCUUGGAGAGCCUGCUGGUGUCGUUGACUACCACGGUCGUGGUCUUUGUAGCCUCCAUGGUUCUGGGGGAAUGCCGGCAGAUGUCUUCCACCAGUCAUAGUGGCAAUGACACUCUGAGCCUGCAGGGUAUGUCAGAGGAUGUGAAUUCAAGCAUCAAAACUUUUUUCUGCCCGAAUGAAACCUACAAUGACAUGGCCACACUCUUCUUCAACCCUCAGGAGUCAGCUAUCUUGCAGCUCUUCCACCAGGAUGGUACUUUCAGCCCAGUCACACUGUCCUUGUUCUUCCUUCUCUAUUUCUUACUGUCCUGUUGGACAUACGGGAUCUCUGUGCCCAGUGGUCUUUUUGUGCCAUCACUGCUUUGUGGGGCUGCCUUCGGACGCCUGGUCGCCAACCUCCUCAAAAGCUACAUUGGCCUGGAUCACAUCUACUCCGGAACCUUUGCACUGAUUGGGGCAGCAGCAUUCCUGGGAGGAGUGGUCCGCAUGACAAUUAGCCUGACUGUCAUCCUAAUUGAGUCCACCAACGAGAUCACCUAUGGGCUCCCAAUAAUGAUCACCCUCAUGGUAGCCAAAUGGACAGGAGACUUUUUCAACAAAGGCAUCUAUGACAUCCAUGUGAACUUGCGAGGAGUGCCUCUUCUGGAGUGGGAAACAGAGGUGGAAAUGGAUAAACUACGAGCCAGUGACAUCAUGGAACCCAACUUGACAUAUGUCUAUCCACACACCAGGAUCCAGUCCCUUGUUAGCAUCCUGCGCACAACUGUCCAUCAUGCCUUUCCUGUAGUGACUGAGAACCGGGGCAAUGAGAGGGAGUUCAUGAAGGGAAAUCAACUGAUAAGUAACAACAUCAAAUUCAAGAAAUCUAGCAUCCUCACCCGAGCUGGAGAGCAGCGCAAGCGUAGUCAGUCUAUGAAAUCCUACCCUUCAAGUGAAUUGCGUAACAUGUGUGAUGAGCACAUAGCAACGGAGGAGCCACCAGAAAAGGAGGAUCUGCUGCAACAGAUGCUAGAGAGAAGAUACACUCCCUACCCCAACCUGUACCCUGACCAGUCUCCCAGUGAAGAGUGGACCAUGGAGGAACGCUUCAGACCUUUGACCUUCCAUGGCUUGAUCUUGCGCUCACAGCUGGUCACCCUCCUUGUCCGGGGUGUUUGUUACUCUGAGAGCCAGUCGAGUGCAAGUCAGCCUCGUCUGUCCCAUGCAGAGAUGUCAGAGGAUUAUCCCCGCUAUCCAGAUAUCCAUGACCUGGACCUCACAUUGCUAAACCCUCGCAUGAUAGUGGAUGUCACCCCAUACAUGAACCCAUCACCCUUUGCUGUCUCUCCAAAUACUCAUGUGUCACAAGUCUUCAACCUGUUUAGGACAAUGGGACUCAGACAUUUACCAGUUGUGAAUGCAGUUGGAGAGAUUGUUGGGAUAAUCACUCGGCACAACCUGACCCACGAAUUUCUGCAGGCAAGACUGAGACAACACUAUCAGACCAUUUGAUGCCCCUGCCCACCCUGCCCCACUGUCGGUGUGGCUACCUCCCUCUUCCAAGCCUGCACACGCGCUCGCUUUCUGCUUGGACCCCACAAGGCCCAAGACUUGCCGUUUGGCUUCUCACAUGCAUAUCAAGCCUGGGGAGCUGGAAAACAUCUUGCUAGCCAGAGAAUUAGAGGAGCUGCCUGAGUCCAGAGCUGUUGAUUGGUCUCAGGCACUUGGUUUGACCACUCUUGAUCCCUGUGCCCCAGUUAUCUCCUUUCAUCAGAUGUUGUCCUGACACUGUAUGUUCUGCUAUUUUGUUUUGGUUUGGGUUUCUUUAAGGGUUGAAAAAAAGAACCAUCUAGCUCCACUGUGUCCUGCAGAGAACUGCAGCAUCUGUUCCCUAUCCUCCUGUAUGUCUCCCUUUUCCUCUUCCUCCCUUGUUCCUGCAACUGUUGCCUUAUUUGUGUGAGAAGGGGGUUGCUGUGAAGGCUGAGAGGAUAUACUGAAGUUUGCAGUUAUCAAAUAGCUGCUCUGGAGGAUGGUUUUCCUCAAAAGCAGUAUUAAAAAAUCCAGCUCUUUGGAAAUACACCUCUCUUUGCGGGUGCUUCCAGUUGCCCAUGUGUUUCCACUCUGGCUUCAUUUGUUCCUGAUUUCUCUCCUUCUUUCAUGGGGAAGCGUCCCUGCUGUGAUGUUUUUGACAGCAGCUGACUUUUGAGAGCAGCUCGGCAAAUCAGGAGUUCAAACAGUUCAAUUCCAGUUGCUGUUUGGGAUUAUAAAUAUUUAAUACAUUUGCAGAGCAUCUCAGAGAAGGGAGAUCUCUUUCCCUGUUAGCUGUUGCUGUUAUCUCCCUGUAAGAGACUCUUCUAAGGCACUUUGUGGUACUCCACUUUGUCACUACCCUGACACUCCUGCAUUUCUUGGCAUUUCUAGGCACUUUGUCCUUGUACUGAUCCAACAGUGAGAGCCUGGGACACCUUUCCAGCUAGGGUUAGAGACCAGGGAAUGCCACAUCCUCAGAGCAUGGUGAAGUGUUGCGUUCUGGAGGCAAAUAGAACUGAUGCCCUGUCUCUGGGCUUGGUUGAAUUAUCUCUGUGUCAUGAGAGGAGCUGCUGUAACUUCAGGCUGCCAUGCAGGAGGGAUACUUAGUGCUGGUGACUAACGGGCAGGAUCUGCUGCAGGGUGAUAAGUGGGGCUGUCUGUGCUCUAAAAAUGCUUGGGAUAAUCUUUGCAACUGCAACAGCCGAAUAUCUGUAAGGGUAAAAUCAGCACUUAGAAGCCAGUUGCAGCCAGUUCACUGCUUUAGCAGGUACCAUCCUGGCCAGCACCUGUAUUGUUCCAGCAGGCACCUGCCCUCCUGAGUUUUGCAUACAGAUAACCCUCAGUGGGAAGCCAGCAUUGUGCCUCCAGGGGCUGCAGAGCUGAUUGGCUUGAUAAAGCACAGAGCAUUCUCUCAGCCAAGAGACUGGGCCAAGUAACAUGGGGAGUGUAUCCCAGAAAAGCUUCUACACAGCCUCUAAGCACUCCAGUUAACCUGUUGUCUGCCAUAAGGAGCUGGCUAGGUGAGAGCUGUGGCAGAAAGAAAUGAGACGUUAUUGUAUUUUCUGAAUUCAGGUACUCAUCUAUGCUGAAGAUUUUCCUAACUAAACCUGAAGAACUUGUGCCCUUUCCUUACAUAUGUCAGAACACUAAAUCUGUUAAAACAGCCUCUUUGACUGACUUUGUGGAAGCUGAUUGUUCGGGGCACUGCUCUACAAACUGCUGGCUGCUGAGCCCUACUAUGUUUAGGGUUAGGAGGAGGUUUUGUGCCCAGGUCACCAGCCAUGGUCUUGAUGUAGGGCUCUUUAAGUCACUGGAACCCUUAGAUGUUCAUGGAGUCUUUGCAGUCUGGAUAGUUGGUAGACAGAUGUGUUCUCUGGCUGUGCUUGCAAUAAGGACAGCUGAGUCAUGGGAGGCUAUUGAAUUUUGUCCAGCAGAUGAGAGAAAACUUGGUCUACAAGUGGUUCCUGAGGCCAAGUUUUAGGGAAGAAUUUGUCCUUGUCAUACAGUGCACGGCAUAGCUCAGCUGGAAAGUUUGGUUUUAGCAAAUCUGUUUAUAAGCACUUAGAUUUUAAUUUUUAUUCCUCUGCAUUGACAUCUGGAGGCCUUUUUUUCACUUAGUGUUCUUUCCCACCUAUUGCCUUAUUAAGAGAGGAAGGGCAGAUCUUCGUUUGUUUUCAAGAAUGGAUUUAUACCAUUUCCACAAAGGAAAGUGUGGGCUGUGGUAUGUGCAAUGGCAGUUGUUGCAAAGGAAGCUGUGUGUGUCCCAGGACCCUUUGUUAACUAUGGCCACUCUCCAGGGCUGCUUGGGAAGUGACCUAUCUAAAGAGCAGGGAAUACGUUCAUUCUUUUCCCUUUCUUACUGUGGAACUUGCAGCAACAGCUCCUGUCUCCUCCACUAAAAUAGUUUUGCUGACUUCUGAAUAUCCUAGCUCCAUUUCAAAUCAGGCAUGCAAGCUCUUAAACUUCCAAGAGUAAAGCAAAGGUGUUUUCCUACAGCCAGGAUCCAUCUUGUGCCUUCAACCUGGACUCCUUAGCUGGGACAGGUGUGGCAUGUUCCUUAGAGCAUAUGAGUUAGCAUCAGCUACCGCUCUUGACUUGCAAGUUCUUUCCCUGUAAGUAGAGUAAGGAUGUUUGUUCUCUCUGGAUAGUCUCUGCAGAUGAUUUCUAAAAUGCCUGUGUUCCCUGAGCUCUGGUCUUGCACUGAGCUAUCCCAAGAAACUUCAAGCACCCUUUUGCACUCCCUGAAGCUGGACUGUAGGUUUGAAAUAUGCUUCUGUUAACCUGCCUUUCAUUCAGAGGAUUUGUGCUCAUGGGCAGUUACAAAUGACAGGAAUCCUGUUUUGACGGGAUUUCAGAUCACUCUAAUGUGGAAUUAGCAAUCCCAUACUGUCAGAGCACCUGUCAAGGAUGCCCUAUGUCUCUUCAUGACAAAUCUUUUUCCUCUUGCUCAUGUUGAAUGAUUGUGUGUGGAAGGUUCCUUCUCUUCCUGCACAUGAAUAGGGCUCCUUAGAUUGUUUGCCUUGAGCUGGUCAUGUCCUAUUUUACUUCUGUACACAAACUGCAGCAGUGUAUUUUGCUGCUGGAUGUCUUGUCAUUGCUGCUGAGGCCUGGAGCUGGGCAAUCCAGACAAGACAGGCUGAAAAAUCUUGUCAAGGUUUGUCUGAGCACCAGCUGCGCUUCCCCAUGAGAAGGCCACUUGCCUUCAGCCUGUUGUCAGCACUGUCUGCUCUGUCUAUGCAUCUAUCUUAUUCAAAUGUUUCAGCUGGAAAACACACCCCUUUCACUCCUUCAGUAAAGAAGUUUUAAAUGAGGAUGGUGGGUCACCCUGUCAGCUGCUUUAAAGGGAAAUCUCAGUGUGCAGUCACUGUUAUGUAGCCUGCCAAAAGGGAAUUACAAGUUCAUCUGACUUUGGAGAUGCAGCAUUUCCCUUCUGCUAAGGACUGAUGCAAAGGGGCUUGUGUUGAAUCAGUCUUGUUCUCACACUUUGGUCACUUAAUUCCUUUCUUGCAACACACUAACUGCUUCUACUCUGGCUCUGGUUGCUUAGUGAUUUACUAAGAAACUUACUUCUAACAUAGGUGCCUGUAACCUUUUACUCAGAGCAACACUAAAGGAAUAGUAACCAAGAACUGGAUUAGUAUUGAUAGCAAAAGUUAGGGGGUAGAGUGGGGCAUUCUCCCCUGCCUCAUGGUUUCCUGUGCAGUGUUAAUUAUGCAGUUUUGAAUUGUUAACUUACUGUGAGCCAUUCCAAUGGUAGCAACUUACCUUUCCAUUUGGUUUUUUGCACUGUUUUUUUGUUAUGAAAUGAUGUAAGCUAAUUCCACAGUGUAUAUAAAUUGUAUUUUUUUUAAAUUUGUAUGAAUAUAUUUUUAUUUGAACUAUG